UGAAUAUUUAUUAAAAAUAUUUAUAUAAAAAAAAACUACCGUGCAGGACACAAUGUCUCAAAAUUAUGCUGAACAUGAGGAAACUAUUAAAAAAUCAUUAUUUGAAUUUAUGAAACAAUAUAUACCAAAUGCUGAAUUUGAUUUAAUUGAUGAGAUUGUUUUAUCUUAUGUGGUUGCAAUCUUAGAAGAUGCUGGAUCUGAUCCUGUUUUCGAUGUUGAAGGUUUUUGUGAAAUGAUGAGUGCCUACUUUCCGGAAUUCGAGGCAAUUAAUAACGCAGCUGUGUGCCAAUGGGUGUUUGAAUUGGAAGCGAAAUUAAGAUCUAAAGAUCCGGAUCAAGAAUCCAUAUCAUUAACUGAGUUAUCUUUACCUGAUAUUUUGCCAACAAUUAAACCAAGAUCACAUACGAAUUCAGAAUCCAGUAUUUUACAAGAACCAACAAAUAAUAAGCGAGUCCAUCAUAUUUCUGAGACUAGUGAUGGUGGAUCAACUGAUAGUUCUUGUUAUGAUUUCUUUUCGGAGGAAAUUGAUAUUUUACAAGAAAUGUUCCCCGAUGUUUGUUCCAUGGAGGUCAAACAUUGUUUAGCAAUUGCAAAUGGUGAAAUCGAACGUGCUACACAAAUUUUAUUACAUCGUCAAGAAAAUGGCCUGUGUUUAAAUGCAAACAAUGCAUUAUCAUUAACAAUUUCAAAUAAAAAUACAAAAAUUAACGAUAGCGAAUUAAAAAAUCGUAUAAUUGCACGUUACUCGUAUGUCGAUAAGGAUUCAGAUGUACGCGAGCAUAAACCAUUGGCACCCAAAGAUGAACCAAAGAAAUUAGUACGUUAUCGUGAUAAUAAAAUUGUUAGUUUGAAAGGUGAACGUUUCACUGAAGUGAAGAAGGGCGAAGAUUGUCCAGAUAUUUCAUUGAAGAAACCAAAAAAACCACAUUGUCCGUAACUAGACGCGUUCACAAUAUGUAGCAUGAAUAUACCGCCGAUAUUAAUUAUAUAUCCUACCAGAAACAAUAUAUAUGUCACUGUCACUGUCACUGUCACUAGGUGUCACUGUAGUUGUAGUAGAAGUCACUGUAUUAUCAAUGUAAGAAUAUUUAAUUCAUUUAUUAUUUACGAUGUGAAUUUACUUUUUAGAUUAGUUUGUUGUGAUUUUAAUAGCUUUGUAUUUAACUAGCCUUAAGGAGCAAGUUGUAACAGUCAGUAUAAGUCUAAUACAAUCAUGUCCCACUUCCAUUGACUCAGUCAGUCUCAUCUUCUUACCAAAUAUGAUUAAAUUAGAGUUCAUUAAUCUUGUUUAGAUUAAAGCUGAUCCAUUUUCUCGAUUCUGAAAAGUAUAUCAAUUUUAACUAGUGACCCAUUUUUCGAAACAGUCUUGAUUUUAUUGAAAGAAUUCCACGAUGAAACUUCAGAAGAAGACAAAAACGUUGAAACAAGGAACUGAUUUCUUAAGAGACUUGCUGUGAACUCACAUACCACACACGAUAGUCACAUACUAUAACUAUAGUAAGUGUAGUUUUUAUCACCCGUAGCUCGAAAACUAUCAGUUAAAAAUUUUUGUGGUCGUGAGAGUUUUUGUUCAAAACGAUCCGAAGAACACUUUAGGGACGGUUUGAAAAGGUUUCACAGAAAGCCAUUUUCCUAUCUAAUCGUACGAGGUCCUUCCUGCUUUUUAGAAAUAUUCUGCCAAGUAAAAUGUAAAAUAAAAAUGAAUACCGCAAGACCCACGAAGCAGAAACCUGACCACUCCGAGUAGAAGAAUGAGGUACCCAAAUAAAGCACUAUCUUACAGUCUAUGUAGAGUUACUAUAGAGUUUUGUAUAGACUUUUUAGGUCGAGAUUUUACAAGCAUUAAAAAUGACUGACGUCGAUUUCAAAGCAUCGUGACGUUAAUAACUUGCGUUUUAGCAAUACUGUACGUUAAAUUGAGUUGUUAAAUUUGCGUUGCCUAUAAACGCGAUAAAUGUCGGUCGUGAAAAAAAGUAGCUAAUUUUAUUCCAUAAGCAGCUAACAUUUGGAUCAUCGUUACCAAAAUCAGACAAAAGAAUUGAUAAUCGUGGGACAUAUUGUAAACUCAAUGUUUUUUUUUCGUAUUGAGUUUAUAUAGACUUGAAAUCUUUACAACU